AUGACCCAACAAGUGGUAUAUGCCAUUCACAAUUUCGACGCUGAGAACGAUGAUGAGAUCAACUUUCGAGUUGGAGAUCCCAUUGUAGUCCUUGAACGAGACGACAAAUAUAUGGACGGCUGGUGGCAGGGCCGCAACGUCCAAGGUCAUGUUGGUUUAUUCCCAAUGAACUACAUAUCGACCGAGAAGCCUCGUCAAAACAACAACAACUAUUCCUCUCAGUCUAUGCAUAAUACGUUCUCCACCACUAGUACAACUACCAGCAGCAGCCUUAGCGAUCGUGAUCUCGAGCACAAGAUUGACAGCACUAUCACCCACGUGACGCACGCCACAUCCACUGUCGGUGGUGUUGAAUUUGGGAACACUCGACCUGAAGAAUGGACGGUGAGCCAAGUCGCUUCAUGGCUUGAUUCGAUAGGUCAUGGUUCAGUAGCCCAUUUAUUCAUUGAACAAGAGAUUUCGGGUGACAUCUUGUUGGAUCUCAACAUGGAAGCACUCAAGGAAUUUGGCAUUUCCGCGUAUGGCAAGCGGUACAAGAUUAUGCACGCUAUCACUAGCUUGAAUACGAUUGCACCACCUCCGCCAAAGAAUCAACAACGACCUCCUUCACGGGUAUUGUCUACCAAAGGUGGCAGUGGUGGUGGCCCACCAUCCCCAGUUGAAUCCGAUGGAUAUCGUAGUAGAACUACAACAGCAACUACACCAGCAUCAUCCGAUGAUCACCUCUCACCUUUGAAUAUCGCUUCACCAACACGUCCCAUCUCACCUCAAAGUCUUGGCACUUCGCCUAUUGUCAGCCGAUCUAAUACGUUUAAUACCGUUUCCUCCAAGAAAUCCAAUUCAUCCUCUGGCACUAUGCGUAGCAGCAGCGAUGACCAAAACAAUGGAAUGAUGAUGCCUCGUACCAAGACUACCAGCCUGUUUUCUAAAAAGGGAGGUUAUCCAAAUCAGCAUCAACCUGACAUGGAUGGCGAAGCUACUUACUCGAGUGCAACAUCAAGCAUUUACAAGAAUGAUUGGAUGACCGAGUCCAAUAUCUCGAGCAGUGGGUCGUCGUUUGAAGAUCAUUCUAUGGAGCCUGGUGGAUCAGCCGUUCGGAAAAUGUCUGUAGCUUCAGCUGAUCCCACAGUAAAUCAGCCUGAUGGUUUCCAAGCACCUGAACAUGAAGGAUGGCUACACAAGCAAGGCGACAAGUACAAGACUUGGAAUAAGCGUUGGUUUGUUCUCAAGGGAAUCAAUCUGUUUUAUUUCAAGAGCCCAAAGGAUGUACGCAUGAAAGGAAUUAUCAAUCUUCGUGGCUAUCGCAUUGUCGUUGAUGAAUCCAUCCACAGCAGCAAAUAUUGUUUCAAGGCCCAGCAUGAUCGUGAACGGACAUUUUACUUUUAUACCGAUAGCCAAGAAUCGAUGCGAAAAUGGGUGAAUGUACUUAUGAAGACCACCAUUGCUCGAGAUAUCAGCUCACCUGUUGUAUCUUCCAAUCCUGUGGCCACCGUGUCUUUGGACGUUGCUCGACGUAUGCGACCAAGACCCCCUUCCAUGAUCAUGUACAACAAUGGGAAUGGCACAACCACCGUGCAGACCAAGAAUGCUCGACCCCAUACAGAGUUGAUGCAUGAUCCCAAGAUGACCAUGUUGCAAGAAGAACAAGAAGAGUAUUCCCAGCAGCCAGCGUCAAUGAUGGAUCCACACGUCGAGUGGGUAAACGGUCACCUUAGUCAACCUAUCAAUGAUCUUUCCUCUGCAUUCCGUGAUGGUGAACGCUUGGUUGAAUUACUCGAAUCUCUUAGUGGCAAGCAAGUACGCCGACCACCACCACCUGAGGAUGGAUGUCAGAGCGACAUGUAUAUGCUCAAUACCAUUGUAGCAGCGUUCAAGUUUAUGGGUAGGGAAGGUGUGCAAGUAAAUGGUGAAUUCACCAUCAAAGAUGUGUUUGCUGGAGACGUAUCCAAGAUUACCAAAAUGCUGGAUGCCAUUCAGGAUUGGUCGGCGCAGUAA